GGGUUUGAGAAUUUGGCAGUCUGCCAAGCGGGCGAGUGUCGGUUGUUAGAGAAUGUUCAGGAACGGGUUGUGUGUGUAUAUAUGUAUCUGGCGGAGUUUGUAGUUUCAGUCUACAGGCUUUUAAGACCGGGGAUAGACGUCGGUAAAGAGAGAGCUAACACUAAACUGCAGUUUCAUCCUGCAUUUGUCGUCUUUUUCCCCUGAAGAGUUGAGAUUGUUAUACAGCCAUGCCGAAGACCCCAGCCGUGGGAAUUGACUUGGGAACCACGUAUUCUUGUGUUGGCGUGUUCCAACAUGGGAAAGUGGAAAUUAUCGCCAACGACCAAGGUAACAGGACAACACCCAGUUAUGUGGCGUUCACCGACACAGAAAGACUUUUAGGUGACGCUGCGAAAAAUCAGGUUGCACUGAAUCCCAGCAAUACUGUUUUUGAUGCUAAGCGUCUGAUCGGGAGGAAGUUUAACGACCAAGCAGUUCAGAGUGACAUGAAGCAUUGGUCUUUCAAGGUCGUCGCUAAGGGAGAUAAACCGAUGUUACAAGUGGAAUUUAAAGGGGAAACGAAAGUGUUUGCACCUGAGGAAAUCAGUUCUAUGGUUUUGACCAAGAUGAAGGAGACAGCCGAAGCUUACCUGGGCAGCAAGGUAACAGAUGCAGUUGUCACCGUUCCGGCCUAUUUCAACGAUUCCCAGCGGCAGGCGACGAAAGACGCCGGGACCAUUUCCGGUCUCAACGUCCUGAGAAUUAUCAACGAACCCACGGCGGCCGCACUGGCUUAUGGUUUGGACAAGAAUCUGAAAGGUGAGAAGAAUGUGUUGGUAUAUGAUCUGGGCGGUGGUACGUUCGAUGUCUCGGUCCUCACUAUCGACGAGGGGUCGAUGUUUGAGGUGAGGUCGACAGCAGGGGAUACCCACCUUGGUGGAGAGGAUUUCGACAACCGGCUCGUCAACCACUUCAAGGAUGAAUUCAAGAGGAAAUAUAAGAAAGAUCUCACCGGAAACCACAGGGCCAUCCGACGCCUGCGCAGUGCCUGUGAACGGGCGAAGAGGACAUUGUCCAGUAGUACAGAAGCUGGUAUAGAGAUUGACUCUCUCCAUGAAGGUAUAGACUUUUAUUCUAAAAUUACCAGGGCUAGAUUUGAGGACCUGUGCGCUGACCUGUUUCGCAACACUAUGGAACCUGUUGAGAAAGCUCUGGUCGAUGCUAAAAUGGACAAGGCUAAAAUUGACGAUAUUGUAUUGGUGGGGGGAUCGACCCGUAUUCCUAAAAUUCAGAAAUUGCUUCAAGAAUUCAUGAACGGGAAAGAUCUGAAUAAGUCUAUCAACCCGGAUGAAGCAGUUGCGUACGGUGCUGCAGUUCAGGCCGCCAUCUUGACCGGCGAUACCCACGAGACCAUUAAGGACGUACUGCUUGUUGAUGUAGCCCCACUGUCCCUUGGCAUUGAGACAGCAGGAGGGGUGAUGACCAAGCUGGUGGAGAGAAAUGCCCGCAUACCUUGCAAAACAUCCAAAACAUUCACCACAUAUUCUGAUAACCAGUCGGCAGUCUCAGUGCAAGUCUAUGAAGGCGAGAGAGCGAUGACUAAAGAUAAUAAUCUUCUUGGUCGCUUCGACCUGACGGGGAUUCCCCCCGCGCCACGUGGUGUGCCUCAGAUUGACGUAAUCUUUGACAUUGAUGCCAAUGGCAUCAUGAACGUAUCCGCCCAGGACAAGAGCACGGGGAAGUCUAGUAAGAUCACCAUUACGAACGACAAGGGAAGGCUAAGCAAGGAGGAGAUUGACAGAAUGGUCAACGAGGCCGAUACAUAUCGAGAAGAGGACGAGAAACAACGAGAACGUGUGACGGCCAGGAACCAGCUUGAGGCUUACGUCUUCAGCGUGAGACAAGCCGUGGGGGACGCAGGUGACAAGCUGCCUCAAGCUGAUAGAGACGCGGUCAACACUAAAUGCGAGGAGACUCUAAAAUGGUUGGAUGCCAACAUGCUGGCAGACAAGGACGAGUAUGAUUAUCAGCUUAAGGAAAUCCAAAAAACAUGUCAACCAAUCAUGAUGAAGCUCCACGGCUCAGGUCAGUCGUCUGGGGGUCAAGGUGAAAGUCAGGGUCAAGGUCCGACUGUGGAAGAAGUGGACUAAACUGUUUGAGAACUGUGUAUCGUGCUUCAUCGUAUAGUAUAGCCAACUGUGUCGAUGUUGAUUGAUGAAUUGUCAUUCUGAAUUGUGGAACCUACUUUCAGGACAUGAUCUGCAAAACCCCAAAUAUCACUGGUGCUAUAGACGGUGGAUGUAUAAUAAUUGUAACGGUAUAUGUAUAUUUUGAAACAUUUGUCAAUGUUAUUUAAUCUAUUAAAUGACAGUAGUGUACCCUCACCUCACAUGAGGCUCAACUGUUUAGUACAAGGAUUUGCUUUCAUGUAUACAUGAAAUUGUAAAAAGAGGUUGCGUAUUGUGCGUUCCAUAUAAAGAUGUCUGUUUGUGCUAACACCGCCUCUCCCAUUAUGGACUGUGUUAAAAAUACAUCACACAGGGCAUUGUGACCGCGACGCCAAGUCGACAUAGGUUGUCUCCCUUCACUCAGAACAAACAAACACGCUCUCUCGACGAGGCAUUUUAUUCCCACGUUUUAUAUCACGGAGAGUUAAACUAUACGAAUACAAUUUGGAACUGUUUUAAGUUUAUUUCCCCAAUUGCAAAACAGCGUUUUCUAUUUUAAAUGGGUCCUUUGUUUCCUUAAGAAAAUAAACUUCAAAGUUUAUUUAUUUUCAGUCGGUCAUUUAUUAAAGCGUGUUAUAUUGUAUGGGUGUAUUGUUGAUUAUUUAGAAUACAAAUCAAUAUAUGGCUUCUGUGUAACAUGGGACUAAUGUUGCUAUCAGGUAUACGUAUUGUUUAAAAAAUAACAUACAGUCAAACACCGUUGUGUCGAAGUUGAAGGGACCUACGUGAAUACUUCGAGUUAUCCGAGGUUCGUCACAACCGAAACUGAUGAAUAUAGAAGGAUUACGCAGGGACCAAGCUUUUACUUCUAGACAAAGUUCGACAUAACGGUGUUGGACGUAUACAUUUACACUAUUGCGUUUUUAACUAUUUAUAGACCUUUUUCCUUUUGACCAGAAGCAAGUGCUCUGCAAAGUGCAAAAUAUCGCCUUUUUCACAAUUUAGCCCACAAACGUUUUUAUCUACCCUAGAUAUUGCCGAACAUUUGUGUUGCUACGUGUUGGUAGGCUUGGCAAUAUAGUAUCUGCAGGAUGUGAUGUUUUAGUUCAUUAUCUGUGUAGAUGAAGAAAGCUACACUGCAGGGCAAAAGAAAGUGUUCACUUGAAAAUUGGAUGUGACAAAUUUUUUUUACAAAAAUGAUCAAACGGCUGAAAUCAGUCGCCAUAACACUUAAACGUAAGGUCCAAAACACAACUAUGAAACCCGUAUCAAAUACAUCACCGUCGAUUAACCAUGUCUCGUUUGUUUCAAAUUUAGUCACCAUCGAACAUGGUGUGUAUACUUUCGUUUGCCCGGUAGUGUAUUUCAUUAUGUUACCUGUGCAUGAUAGUGCUGUAGACAUAAGCAUAUUGCUUUAUGAAUAACUUAAUCUAUUAUGACGUGUCAAAUGCUUUUUUUGUCUUUGAUAUCGUUACUGUUAUUAUUAUUAUUUAUUAAUAUUGUUUAUUAUUUGGAUGAAAUAUAUAUUGAGAAAUGUCAA